AUGUCUGGCGACUUUCGGGAGUACUUAAUUGAAAUGGAGGUCCGUGCGUUUCUCAUCCCCUAUUUCCUGAGUGUGUUCUGUGCGGGGAUCCCCCUCCUGGUGAUCGAGAUAGGGCUUGGGCAGUUCACGGGGCAAGGACCAGUCACGGCAUGGGGGAUGAUCAGCCCCCUCUUCAAAGGCAUUGGUUGUGCCGGGCUCGUCAUCCAAGUCUUCCUCGACACCUAUUAUGUCGUCAUAAUGGCUUGGGGCUUAUACUAUCUUCUCUUCUCCUUCAACGCCGUCUUACCCUACUCAACGUGCUCCAACGAUUGGAACACGCCUUGCUGCUUCGUCCAGGCGGCGAAAGAACAAGUGAUCGACGUCGAUACGAACGGCAGCAUGACCAGGGAUACGAUGACGGGGAUUAAUGGGACGAUGGCGACGAUGAUGUCGGGUUCGUUUUUCAAUAUGAGCGAGGAAUGUCCGAAUGGAACGACGUCUCCGACUGUCGAGUUUUGGAAUCGGAAGGUUCUUCAGAUCCAUCUUUCUGAGGGUAUCCAUGAUGUAGGAGCAGUGAGCUGGCAGCUCUUUCUCUGUCUCAUUCUCGCCUGGUUCCUUAUCUACCUCUGUAUAUGCAAGGGAGUCAAAUCAUCGGGGAAGGUAGUGUAUGUGACGGUUCCGUUCCCAUAUAUACUUCUCACCAUCCUUCUCGUACGUGCUGUGACCUUGCCAAAUGCUGUGGAUGGAAUCAUCUUCUACCUCAAACCGGAUACAUCCAAACUGAGGGACAGUCAGGUCUGGCUAGAUGCUGCAACACAGAUCUUCUAUUCCAAUACACUAGGACAAGGAUUCUUGGUCGCUCUCGGAAGCUAUAACAAGAGAAAUCACAACUUUGUCAGGGACACCUUGCUGUAUUCAUUGACAAACAGCGCCACCAGUUUGUAUUCAGGGUUUGUCAUCUUCGCUGUGCUCGGUUUUAUGGCGGGUAAACAAGGAAAAGAAGUCGGCGAAGUCGCAAAAUCAGAUGGUCGUAUUGUAGAGGAGGUCCGACUAUUCAAUCGUUGUUCUUAUUCGUUGUUCUUGUUUCUUAUCAGGUCCUGGACUGUUUAUUCCUUGUUCUUAUUCCUUGUUCUUAUUCCUUGUUCUUAUUCCGUGUUCUUGUUCCUUGUUCUUGUUCCUUAUCAGGUCCUGGACUGUUCAUUUCUUGUCCUUAUUCCUUGUUCUUGUUCCUUAUCAGGUCCUGGACUAGGUUUCAUUGUCUAUCCAGAAGCAAUCACUGAGAUGCCUCUCUCUACUCUCUGGGCGAUCCUUUUCUUCUUAUGUCUGCUCUUCCUUGGUAUUGAUAGUGUGUUCGUGGUCGUCGAAGGUUUCGUGACGACGAUCGUUGAUAUCUUCCCGAAUACACUCCUGAAAGGCCACAGACGGGAGUUCUUCUGCGCAGGGUGUUGUCUAUUCUUCUGUAUGGCGGGAAUACCCAUGGUGACCUAUGGCGGCAUGUUCAUCUUUCAACUGUUCGACUUCUACGCAGCAAGUGGGUUUGUCCUCCUCUGGGUCGCUCUCUGCGAGAGCUUAGUCAUAGGAUGGGUGUACGGCGGUAAUCGGUUCAUGCAAGAUAUCAUCAACAUGAUAGGCAAGGGUUGGAUCAAACCGUACAUGCUGGCUGCAUGGAUGUUUAUGACGCCUCUGUUUGCCGGGACCAUCUUCAUCUACAGUAUAGUAUACUACAAGCCCUUGACCUAUGAAGAUGAUUAUGUGUAUCCCUGGUGGGGAUACAUGUUGGGUUGGUUUAUGGCUCUCUCCUCCAUCCUCACUAUUCCAGUUGUCUUCAUCUACCAGUUCGUCUUCGUGAGCAAGGGGACACUGAUGGAGCGAUGGGUGGACGGGACUACAUCGCGAGUACCAGAGAUCCAACAAGAUGGCCCAUUGGACAAAAAGGACCACUCAUACGGAGAAUUGGAAUUACGAUGAUUCGAUCCCCAAGUUAGAAGACAGUGGAUGAUUAAUAAAUGCCGGAUUUUGGGAAGCAUUUAUAAAUGUUUAUAACUAAGGAUUCUUUAAACAAAUGUAGUCUUUGCUUUCAUUAUUCAUACUUGCAAUUUGUUCGACACCCCCACCCCCUCAUUCGAGGGCCUUUUGGGAGCGUCAUCACCCCUUGCAUGCAAUGUUAUAGGAAUUAGGAUAGUCUGUAGUAUGUGUAGUGCGGUAGUUUCAGAGAGGAAGAAAGCAUAUACGACAUAUGCUCCGGUGACAAGUCACUAUGAAUAUGACGGACAAAGAAAGAGGACAAAAUAAACAGUUCCUCA